AUGUACAGUGAGAAGAUGUGGUCUGCUUUGACAAUCUCCACUUUUCUCUUUCUGAACUCACUUUCUGUAGAAUUGGCCCCCAAUCCGGGGCUAGCUACAGAUACUAACGAUAGCUACCCUCCUUGUUGGGACCAGGUUAUUGGGGAUAUAGCAGAAUUUCCAGUACAGGGUAACAAAACAGUCAUUGAUAUCUGGAGUUACAUUGAUCGACUACGAAUAUAUAAGAUUCUUAUGAAAGAAACGAGCAAGUAUUUUGCUCAAUUUGGGCCAAACAAUACAGGAAAUGUACUGUGGGCUCUCGCUUUAAUCUAUGGAAAGCUGUAUAAAACAGACAGAUUUGCAGACCCUUCCAAUAUUUCAGUGUGUGCUUAUGAUGCUGUAUCCCCUGGCUGUCUAUCAAUCAACAGUGGCUGGGGAGGCAUUAACUUCUAUGUGAAUGUUAUGAAUUUCCUUGGUGCAAUUGAGUCUGGGUUUUUGAGGAAUAUACCUCAUGAGGUAGUGUUACUAUCUCGAGAAGAACACAGAUCUGAUUUCUGCUAUUCCAUUGAGGAAUGCAGGGCAUUGUACCCAGAAGCUAUGGAUGCAGCAAACAGGUUUUAUAAGUAUUUGCAGUCCAGGAAGUCAUUACUCACCAUCAGCAAUAUUCCUGUAUAUGACACAGAUCAGGACCUGGCAAUCCAUCUUAUGUGGGAGGCCCAUCAGGCAGCUAUUGAUGUGGGACUUCCAAAGUUCACUGACAUAUCACAGCAUUUUUCUGCAGCUGAAAGAAAUUUCACAGUGGACUUUCUAAUUGCUAUAGAAUUUUGUGAGGCAGUAAGAUAUCGCUCACACUUUAACAGUUCAGAAGAAUUUCUAGUAGGUUUUCCACACAGGCUACUCACAGACCAAGAGAAUCCAGUUUUGGCAAAUGACUUAAGCACACGGGAGAAAGGACUUUUGACUUCAGUGGCACUCAUUUCAAAAGUAAACAAAGUCACAGAUGAAACAUCAGAUACCGUGAAUUAA